AAGACUCUCUAUACGCAGUCUGUGGGCUUAGUCGUCGCCGAAAACGACGAAAACAACGGGCUUGUGUAUGGAAGUGCUUUUGACCGAUUGCGCCGCAUUUAAUAAAAUCAUUGUGGGGAAUGAAUGUGAACAAAACAUUUAUGCCUAAUUAAUUAAAGCGCCAAAAAGUUUAUAGUUUUGAGUUACAUACAUUGGCAGAAUGGCUACUUUAGAACAACAAGCUUCUAAGCUCUUGGAUUUUAAUCAAAAGUUAGAUAUAAACCUACUUGAUAACAUAGUAGGAUGUUUAUAUUCUACAGUUGGUGAUCAGCAGCGUGUUGCUCAAGACAUUCUGACUGCAUUAAAAGAACAUCCUGAUGCUUGGACUCGUGUAGAUACCAUAUUAGAGUUCUCUCAAAACCAGGAAACUAAAUACUAUGCCUUACAAAUAUUGGAAAAAGUUAUACAAACGAAAUGGAAAAUAUUACCAAGAAACCAAUGUGAAGGUAUUAAAAAGUAUAUUGUGGGCCUUAUUAUAAAAAAUUCAUCUGAUCCAGUCAUUAUGGAAAAUAAUAAAGUAUACUUAAAAAAGCUAAAUAUGAUUUUAAUUCAAGUAUUAAAAAGAGAGUGGCCACACAACUGGGAAACUUUUAUUAGUGACAUAGUUGGAGCAUCAAAAACGAAUGAGAGCCUUUGUCAAAACAACAUGGUCAUCCUAAAAUUGCUAAGUGAAGAAGUGUUUGUUUUUAGUACAGGGCAACUGACACAAACUAAAGCUAAACAUUUAAAGGAUACCAUGUGCUCUGAAUUCAGUCAAAUUUUUCAGUUAUGCCAGUUUGUUCUUGAGAACUCACAAAACGCCCCAUUGGUUGAUGCAACCUUACACACACUUUUAAGAUUUUUGAACUGGAUUCCAUUGGGAUACAUAUUUGAAAUGAAACUAAUUAGUACACUCAUUUUCAAAUUUUUAAAUGUACCUAUGUUCCGUAAUGUAACAUUAAGUUGUUUAACUGAAAUUGCUGGAGUUACUGUAAGUAACUAUGAAGAACAAUUUGUUGCAUUGCUUGUGCAAACUAUGGAACAGUUAGAGAUCAUGCUACCUCUUACUACUAAUAUACGAGAAGCCUAUGCUGCAGGACGAGAUCAAGAACAAGUGUUCAUUCAGAAUCUGGCUUUAUUUCUUUGUACUUAUUUAAAAGAACAUGGCCAGUUAAUUGAGAGACGGGGUCUAACCAACACCUUAAUGAAUGCAUUGCGUUAUUUAGUUUUGAUAUCAGAAGUUGAAGAAGUUGAAAUAUUUAAGAUCUGUUUAGAAUUUUGGAAUGCCCUGGCUGCUGAUUUAUAUAAAAUUGCUCCUUGUUCACACUCAGCUGGCCUUAGCUACAUUCAAGGUAAGAGUAUGGGAAGAAAAGUGUUGUAUGCAGAUGUACUAAGCAAUGUACGUUACAUUAUGAUUUCUAGAAUGGCAAAACCUGAAGAGGUACUUGUGGUAGAAAAUGAAAAUGGAGAAGUUGUGAGAGAGUUUAUGAAAGAUACUGAUUCAAUUAGUCUAUAUAAAAAUAUGAGAGAAACUUUAGUAUAUUUAACACACUUGGACUAUGCAGAUACAGAACGUAUAAUGACAGAUAAGCUGCAAAAUCAAGUUAAUGGAACUGAGUGGUCCUGGAAAAAUUUAAACACAUUGUGUUGGGCUAUAGGCUCUAUAUCUGGAGCUAUGAUGGAAGAGGAUGAGAAAAGAUUUCUUGUUAUUGUCAUUAAAGAUUUAUUGGGAUUGUGUGAACAAAAAAAAGGCAAGGACAACAAAGCAAUUAUUGCUAGCAACAUUAUGUAUGUUGUAGGACAGUACCCUCGCUUCCUACGAGCCCACUGGAAAUUUUUAAAAACUGUUGUCAAUAAAUUGUUUGAGUUCAUGCAUGAAACUCAUGAUGGUGUUCAAGAUAUGGCAUGUGAUACUUUUAUUAAAAUAGCAUUAAAAUGUCGACGCCAUUUCGUUACCAUUCAGGUAGGUGAAGCAUGUCCAUUUAUUGAAGAAAUUUUAAGUACAAUCAGUUCAAUUAUUUGUGAUUUGCAAACACUUCAAGUUCACACAUUUUAUGAAGCUGUUGGCUAUAUGAUAAGUGCACAAGUAGAUCAAGUUGCCCAAGAACAACUGAUUGAAAAGUACAUGUUGUUGCCAAAUCAGGUGUGGGAUGAUAUUAUAUCACAGGCUUCCCAUAAUGUGGACAUUCUUAAGGAUCCUGAAGCUGUGAAACAGCUUGUGAGCAUUCUAAAAACAAAUGUCAGUGCCUGUCGUGCAUUAGGACACCCCUAUGUGGUGCAACUUGGAAGAAUAUAUCUAGACAUGUUGAAUGUUUACAAAGUCAUGUCUGAAAAUAUCAGCCAAGCUAUUGCUCUCAAUAGUGUUGCUGUUACCAAACAACCAUUGAUCAAGAACAUGAGGAUAAUCAAAAAAGAAACUUUGAAGCUGAUAGCAAGUUGGGUGUCACGAUCAACUGAUAACAGUAUGGUUUUGGAAAACUUCAUACCUCCGCUUUUAGAUGCUGUCUUGCUUGAUUAUCAAAGAACAGCUGUCCCUGAUGCUCGAGAGCCUGAAGUGUUGUCCUGCAUGGCCGCUAUAGUGAACAAGCUUGGUGGUCAUAUAACAUCUGAAGUACCCAAAAUUUUUGAUGCAGUCUUUGAAUGCACCCUCGACAUGAUAAAUAAAGACUUUGAAGAAUAUCCUGAGCACAGAACUGAAUUUUUCCUGUUAUUGCAGGCUGUUAACACUUACUGUUUUAAAGCAUUCCUUAGUAUACCACCAGCACAGUUCAAGUUGGUGUUGGAUUCCAUUAUCUGGGCAUUUAAACAUACUAUGAGGAAUGUAGCAGAUACAGGUCUGCAGAUUAUGUACCGAUUAUUACAAAAUGUUGAGCAGCAUCCACAGGCUGCACAGAGUUUCUACCAGACCUAUUUGUGUGACAUUUUAGAGCAUGUGUUCAGUGUUGUUACUGAUUCUUCUCAUGGAGCAGGACUUACCAUGCAUGCCACUAUAUUAGCCCACAUAUUUUCACUAGUAGAAACGGGUCGUGUCACAACUGCUCUUGGAAAUGCAGAGAAUAAUGUAACUUAUAUUCAGGAAUAUGUGGCAAACCUUUUGAACGUAGCAUUCCCCCAUUUGACUGGAAAUCAAGUGAAAAUAACAGUACAGGGACUAUUUAACCUAGAUCAAGAUAUACCUGCCUUUAAGGACCAUCUAAGAGACUUUUUAGUUCAAAUAAGAGAAGUCACAGGUGAAGAUGACAGUGAUCUCUAUUUGGAGGAACGAAUGUUUGCACUCCGCCAGGCCCAAGAGGAAAAGCGAAGAGUUCAGCUUUCUGUGCCAGGCAUAAUAAACCCGCACGAGCUGCCCGAAGAGAUGCAGGAUUAAUCAAUACAAUCAGUAGUAUUGUGAUAGAUGAUAACAGUUCACGGUCAACUCACAGUUAGUGUUCUCCGUUGGUCUUAUGGUCUAUGUAAAUAAGCCAUUAUGUUGCGAUCCAUUAUGAUGGUUAGGGUAACAUAUGAAUUUAACUUUAUAAUAGUGAACUGUUAUCAUUUUUUACUGCAACACUUGUGCUUAGUUUAAUAACCUUGUUUUGUUAGUUUGUACAAAGGGUCGUCUGGUAAAAUGUUAGAUGAUGUAUGCAAGUGUUAAGGUUAAAUAUUAUGCAAACCUUUCCAGAUAAGGUGUAUUUUCCAAGCACAAGACAAUUAGAGUAUGGCCUUUUUUAAGUGUAAGAAUGAAACCAUGCAACUUUACAUUGCUAGCCAAUUAAUAAUUGCAAUAGACAUACUUUUUCCAAUAAUGGGCCUGAUUAUUAUACUACAGAAUUUUUUAAGGAUAAUCACAAAGGGCACUCUUUUAUUUUGGCCUUUCCAUAAUUUUCCUUUAUAUUUUUUUUUCCAUCUCAGCUUUUAUGUAAAUGACAAUGCCUACAGAUGGCACUAAAGUUAUUGAGGUAAAAUGCUGUUUUAUGCCUGUUUUCCUUUUAAAAUUUAAUUUUUAUGAAAUCUCUGUGAUCAGGAGUCAACCGAUAAAUAUUUUAUGUGCGCUCGGAAUCUAAGUAUUAUGUAGGUUCUAGGGAAACUUUGAAAUAAAUUGCUGUAAGUUUGUUUUGUUUAAUGUUGUUGCCUGUCAGAACUAACUUCUCAAUGGUUUGGGAAUCUUCAUCUCUGUAGGUUUCCAACUUCAUUUGGGCCUGAAUAAAUGUGGAGUCUUUCAGUUUUGUGUUUGAAAUAAACAAAUAAAUAUUA